AUGACGAUUUAAAAAGUUUCGCUGAUGCUUAUUUUUGUAAUGCUUAGUCUAUUUUUAUACAUUUCUUCCAAUUUUCGAUAUGACAAGGUAAACACGGAAAUUUUAUAGCACUGUUCUCAAAUUACAUAUCAGAACCAGCAGUGAAACAUCGGUUGAGAUAAACCCCCCCCCCAUUUAAGUCACGAAUGGCUGGUCUGCAUGAAAAAAGUAAAAAUACUAAAGAUGCCCAAUUCUAAGCGCUUUUCAAUAAAAAACUCUUCCUUUAUUUUCGUGUUAAAUAAGCAUUCAUGGAGCAACAACAACUACCAGAGCUAAAUCAAGUUAACAGUUUACCAGAUGGUUUCUUUCCUAUGCCAUUGGCAUCUCCAACAGCAACAAAAGUCAACUUUGUCAAUGACUCUACUGCUCCCGCGACGGAACGUACCACAACUGACCCCUUGAGCCCCAAAGCGCAAAGACUGAAGCAACAGCAAAAUCAAGAAUUGGAGCAUCAGCAAUAUCGCAAUCGUGUUUAUCAACGUCGAUCCUCACGUUCACGCGGUGACCGAGUUAUCGUUAUUGCUUAUGACCACUCUAAUUAUAGUGAUGCUAUGAUAGCCAAAGCUAUCAAGUUGAAUAUGAUACGACCAACAGAUGACAUACGUAUUGUUCAUAUUGUAAGCCAAAAUGACUAUCGUACUCUGUUUGCACCGAUGUUAGCUACCAGCGUUUCGACAACAAGCGGUGUACUGCAAAGCGAAAUGGAUACGAAUAUGAGUCAUGCAGUUAAUGUCAUGAUGUACGAAUUAACCCACACCUUGGGAAAGCACGGGUUUUUUAAUGUAUCUUCUGAUGUUUUGAGAGGUGAUCCAAAAGCAUCCAUUGCUGAUUAUUGUAGAAUUACAAAGCCUCUCUAUUUAAUCACAGGAACGCGUGGAUUGGGUGCUGUCAAAAGGAGUGUCAUGGGAUCUGUUUCAAGCUACUUAAUCCGACACUGUCCUUGCCCAGUUUUGGUUUGUAAAGUCGAACCUUCAGAGAUCGAAGCUCGUAAAGAACAAAACCGGCAGAAGCAGGCAACAUUCGAAGAAGUAUUAUCUGCAGUAGGUAACAGUACACCGCAAACGAACCCUCGGUAAACGAUCGAACGAUUGCUGUUGAGCUAAGUCUAAUUACGCGUAUCAG